GCUGAAGUCAGUAGCUGGGAGCUGGCAGUAUCUGCAUUAUUUCUACCGUCGUAGCAAAGACAGAGACAAUAUACUGGAUAUUUAGCCAGUAACAAGUAACACACAUUUCUAAUGCCAACGCAUGUUUGGAUAUGAAUUAAAAAGGUAGGUUUAACUAGCUCCGUAGGUUGUCUUUACAGGCACAUUUUCAAGAGAGUAACAAGAUGCUUUGCUAGCUAGCUUGUCCCCAGACAUACAGAAUAAUCGGGGCCCCCAGAGGCCGGUCAGCUAACAAGGUUUAGCUUCAGAAGCUAAAAUUAUUUAGCUAACACAGAAGAGCCAGUCAUCCAAAUCGUGGUUUGACUAGUGCCGCGUUCUGUAGCUAUCCAGACAGCGAGCAAGCUAAAGAAGCGGCUCCGCCUUUUAUUGACAGACAGACCGGUUGGGCUAACAUGGAGACGUCGGGGAGAAUAACAACCACGCCAGAUGCCCACGACUUCACAGUGGAAAACGUGGAAAAGGCACUCCACCAGUUGUACUAUGACCCUAACAUAGAGAAUAAGAACCUGGCCCAGAAGUGGCUGAUGCAGGCUCAGGUCUCCCCUCAGGCCUGGCAGUUCUGCUGGGCCCUGCUCUGCCCUGACAAGGUUCCUGAGAUCCAGUACUUUGGGGCUAGUGCCCUCCACACCAAGAUAUCACGCUACUGGUCUGACAUCCCUUCUGACCAGUAUGAGACCCUAAAGACUCAACUCUUCUCCCAGAUUGCCUGCUUCUCCUCCGGGUCCAAGAUGGUGCUGACGCGUCUAUGUGUGGCGCUGGCCUCCCUGGCCCUGAACACCAUGCCAGAGGCGUGGCCAGGCGCCGUGCCAGAGAUGGUACGUGUGUUCCAGGAGGAGGGAGGGGGGGUGGACGGCCGGGCAAGGUGUCUGGCCCUGCUGGAGCUAUUGACCGUCCUGCCUGAAGAGUUCCAGACCAGCCGCCUGCCACAGUACCGCAAGGGACAGGUGCGAGGUGCGUUGGGUCGUGAAUGGGGGUCAGUGUGUCCACUCCUCCAGCAGCUGCUGCGUCGAGGGGACAGUCCCGGGGCAGUGAAGGCUCGUGUCCUGCGCUGUCUGUCCUCCUGGGUGCUGCUGGAUGUCCCUCUCAGUGAGAGUGAAGGACUGGUGGAGGACUGUUUCACUGCACUACCAGACCCCGAGCUGUUUGAUACCGCCGUGGAGGCUAUUGUCAACGCCAUAUCACAACCCGACUCCCAGAGGUAUGUGAACACCCUGCUGAAGCUGGUUCCCCAGGUCUUGUCCCUGCAGGAGCAGCUGAGAGAGGCCAUCCAGAACGGAGACAUGGAGACAUCACACGGAAUCUGUCGCAUUGCUGUCGCACUGGGCGAGAACCACUCCAGAGCUCUUUUGGAGCAGGUAGAGCACUGGCAGGGUUUUCUGGCUUUGGUCAACAUGAUCAUGUUCUGUACUGGGAUACCAGGACACUACCCAGUCAACGAGACGACCAGCUCCCUCACUCUCACUUUCUGGUACACACUACAGGACGACAUCAUGUCGUUUGACUCUGAGAGACAGGCGGUGUAUCUGCAGGUUUAUAGACCAGUGUAUUUCCAGCUGGUGGAUGUUCUGCUGCAUAAAGCACAGUUUCCCUCUGACCAGGAGUAUGCAUCAUGGUCCUCAGAUGAGAAGGAGCAGUUCAGAAUCUACAGGGUGGAUAUCUCCGACACUCUGAUGUAUGUGUAUGAGAUGCUAGGAGCUGAGCUGCUCAGUAACCUGUAUGAGAAACUAGGACGAAUACUGACCAACACAGAACAAGCCUCGUCAUGGCAGCAUACAGAAGCGUUGUUAUAUGGGUUCCAGUCGAUAGCGGAGACAAUAGAUGUCAACUACUCUGAUGUCAUCCCAGGCCUGAUUGGACUCAUCCCCAGAAUUAGCAUCAACAACGUCCAACUGGCCGACACCGUUAUGUUCACUAUAGGAGCUCUAGCAGAGUGGUUGGCAGACCACCCGGUUAUGUUGAGUAGUGUUUUACCUCUGGUACUCCAGGCCUUGGGGAACCCAGACCUCUCCGUCUCCUCUGUCUCCACACUCAAGAAGAUCUGCAGAGAAUGCAAAUUCGACCUGCCGCCUUACGCUACAAAUAUAGUGGCUGUAUCACAGGAGGUGCUGAUCAAGCAGAUUCACAAGACCAGUCAGUGUAUGUGGCUGAUGCAGGCCUUGGGCUUCCUGCUGUCUGCUCUGCCUGUGGAGGAGAUACUGAGGAACCUGCACUCCCUCAUUACACCCUACAUACAGCAACUUGAGAAACUAGCGGAUGAGACGCCCAACCCAUCCAAUAAACUAGCGAUAAUCCACAUCCUGGGUCUGUUAUCUAAUCUCUUCACUACGCUGGACAUCAGCAAGCAGGAGGACGAAUCAGGAGAGGGCACAGCGCCACCUGUCAAAACAGCCCCGCCACCACCAGGACCUAACCCGGUGGUGGUGGUCCUACAGCAGGUCUUUGCUCUCAUUCAGACGGUCCUCAGCAAGUGGCUCAACGACUCUCAGGUGGUGGAGGCCGUGUGUGCUAUCUUUGAGAAGUCGGUGAGGACUCUCCUCCAUGACUUUGCCCCCAUGGUGUCUCAGCUCAGUGAGAUGCUAGGACAGAUGUACAGUACCAUACCACAAGCUUCAGCACUGGACCUCACACGACAGAUGGUCCAUAUAUUUGCCAGUGAGACGGACAACUUCCCUCCCAUCAAGGCUCUAUUUGAGCUGGUUACCUCGGUAACACUCUCCAUCUUCCAGCAAGGACCCAGGGAUCAUCCUGAUAUUGUUGAUUCAUUUAUGCAACUCCAAGCUCAGGCCCUCAAACGGAAGCCAGAUCUCUUCUUGUCUGAGAUUCUUGACGUGAAAGCUGUGUUCCAUUGUGGAGUACUGUCACUCAAAUUCCCAGAGGCUCCAACAGUGAAGUCUACCUGCUUGUUCUUUACUGAGUUGUUGCCCCGUUGCUCAGAUGUGCCCCCAGUGGCCAGAGUGGUGCAGGAGGAUGGAAAACUACUCCUGCAGGCUGUACUCGAGGCAAUCGGGGGAGGUUCAUCUCGUAGUCUGAUGGACCAGUUUGCUGAGGUGCUGUUCAGUCUCAAUAAGCACUGUUUCCCUCUUCUCACUGUGUGGCUGAAAGAGGCGCUGCAGGCAGCAGGCUUCCCCUCCACUAGGGUCACCACAGAACAGAAGGACACCUUCACCCAACAGAUACUCAGAGAGCGAGUCAAUAAGCGGAGGGUGAAGGACAUAGUAAAGGAGUUUACCCUAGUCUGCAGAGGGCUUCACGGGACCGAGUACGCCGCUGAAUACUGACCCUGACCUUGCAACGACUUCCCCAGGCUGGAUGCCACGGUACCACAGUACCCACAAACCCCUCAACACUGGAGUUUUCCUUGGACGAUUGAAACUAGACCCUCCCCCUAGAACAGAAAACAGCUCCCCAUACAGGCCAACCAUUAGACAAAUGGUGCUCUAUCACACCACUCAACGGUCUGACGAAGGCUGCUCUCCUUCUUUCCUCUCUUUCCCCCUAUCUCUUUCUCUCCUUCCCUUUUGUGACAUCAACUCCCAGCAUGUCCUCACUUCACCCUCUUUCUCUCCUUUCUCUCUCUGUUGUUGCAUUGGGAUCAUCUGUGGCUCAGAGGCUGUUUCCCUGCUGUUUCCUGGUUGUUUAGCAUCUGAGAUGAUAGUGGUACUGUACCUGCUGUCAGUAGCUAGCUAGUUUACCUUUGUAUCUUUGGAAAGAAAACUAAAUAAAUAUACAUUACCAGUCAAAAGUUUGGACACACCUACUCAUUCAAGGUUUUCUUUAUUUUUACUAUUUUCUGCAUUGUAGAUUAAUAAUGAAGACAUCAAAACUUUGAAAUAACACAUAUAUAGAAUUAUAUAGUAACCAAAAAAGUGUUAACCAAAUCAAAAUAUAUUUUAUAUUUGAGAUUCUUCAAUGUAGCCACCCUUUGCGUUGAUGACAAAUUUGCACACUCUUGGCAUUCUCUCAACCAGCUUCACCUGUAAUGCUUUUCCAAAAGUCUUGAAGGAGUUCCCACAUGCUGAGCACUUGUUGGCUGUUUUUCCUUCACUCUGCGAUCCAACUCAUCCCAAACCAUCUCAAUUGAGUUGAGGUGAUUGUGGAGGUCAGGUCAUCUUAUGCAGCACUCCAUCACUCUCCUUCUUGGUCAAAUAGCCCUUACACAGCCUGGAGGUGUGUUGGGUUAUUGUUCUGUUGAAAAACAAAUGAUAGUCCCACUAAGAGCAAACCAGACGGGAUGGUGUAUUGCCGCAGAAAGCUGUGGUAGACAUGCUAGGUUAGUGUGCCUUGAAUUCGAAAUAAAUCAGUGUCACCAGCAGAGCACCAUUACACCUCCUCCAUGCUUCACGGUGGGAACCGCACAUGCAGAGAUAAUCCGUUCACCUAUUCUGCGUCUCACAAAGACACGGCAGUUGGAACCAAAAAUCUCAAAUUUGUACUCAUCAGACCAAAGGAAGAUUUCCACCGGUCUAAUGUUCAUUGCUUGUGUUUCUUGGCCCAAACAAGUCUAUUCUUCUUAUUGGUGUCCUUUAGUCGUGGUUUAUUUGCAGCAAUUCGACCAUGAAGGCCCUGAGUCACAGUCUCCUCUGAACAGUUGAUGUUGAGAUGUCUGUUACUUGAACUCUAUGAAGCAUUUAUUUGGGAUGCUAUUUCUGAGGCUGGUAACUCUAAUGAACUUAUCCUCUGCAGCAGAGGUAACUCUGGGUCUUCCUUUCCUGUGAUGGUCCUCAUGAGGGCCAGUUUCAUCAUAGCGCUUGAUGUUUUUUGUGACUGCGCUUGAAGAAACGUUCAAAGUUCUUGAUGUUUCUGUUUGACUGACCUUCAUGUCUUAAAGUAAUGGACUGUUGUUUCUCUUUGCUUAUUUGAGCUGUUCUUGCCAUAAUAUGGACUUGGUCUUUUACCAAAUAGGGCUAUCUUCUGUAUACCUUGUCACAACACAACUGAUUGGCUCAAACGCAUUAAGAAGGAAAGAAAUUCCACAAAUUAAUUUUUAACAAGACACACCUGUAAAAUUGAAAUGCAUUCCAGGUGACUACCUCGUGAAGCUGGUUGAAAGAAUGCCAAGAGUGUGCAAAGCUGUCAAAGGCAAAGGGUAGCUACUUUGAAGAAUCUCAAAUAUAUUUCAUUUUUAAAAUACUUUUUUGGUUAC